CCUAGAUUUGGAUGGUACUGCGGCGCCGCCCCCGGCUGUUCCCGGCGGAAAGAGGGUAUAUCUCGGGCAUACUCAACCUAAAAAGUAAGCUCGGCCCGGUCAAGUUCCGCUGCUUCAUGUAGGUCCUCGAUCCAGAGUCCCUGACGUCCUGUACAUUUUCUCUCGAUGAUCGGCCGACCGAGCGCAAAUCUGAUGAAUAUGGUGAUUCCGUGGUGAUUCAUUUCUUCCAUACCCACCAGGUCAACCUAAUCUUCCGACAUAUCCCUCCCACGACGUGGCCGCUUACUGUAUGGCGCAUAUUUGUACCUGGCAAUUCGUAACAUGCGCAGGGCCAUGCAGAAACACAGCACAGCCACAUAAGCGGAUAUAUCGGCACGAAUUUGGCGUGACACACUUCUCCCAUUUUCAUCACCAUCGCCGCGCACUCAUUGUCCCUUCGCCCCUUUUCUCCGUACCACCAUGUUGCCCGGGCAACCUUUCCAGGAACCCCCAACGACUCGUUCGCUCUCCGAUGCACGCAUUUCCCUCGACACUCAGCUCAAGCAAGAAGCUGCGUUCUCUGACAAGAUCAGGACGCUCGAGGAGACAUUAGCCCAAUUGGUCGCCGAGACGCGAGCCAACAUCGAGGAGUUGGUCAGGGAGCAGCUUUCGGUACAGAGUUCCAUUAAGCAGACGCGGGCAUACCUCGCUCCCAUCAGGCGCCUCCCGGGUGAGCUCCUGAGGGAGCUUUUUCUCUGGUGCUUUGAGGGCCACCCAUGCUGCGCUUGGGUGCUGUCUGCUGUGUGCAGGACAUGGCGAAUGCAAGCACUGUCCAUCCCACGGAUCUGGUCAAAGAUACGACUCUUCACCAACCAGAACUCGUCUCCGGACACCAUUAGGCUCUGGCUCGAACGUUCCGGAUCUUCCGUGCCGCUCGACAUUGAGAUCUAUCUUCGGGUGGUGCAGAGUCCCGAGACCCCUGUUCCUUCGUACUCACGUCGCAGGAGGAACGAGUAUAUCACUCACACCUUCGUGCCUCCGCCGCCGCCGCCCCCCUUGUUUGGCACGGGACCAUUACCACCACCCGGCCACAUGCUCGUUCCUCAUUUCACACCGAGCGUUACCCCAUUCAUCGUUCCCCAAGCAACCGUACACCUUCAUUCGCCGGGUUGGGAAUCACCUUCACCACCCCUGCUUGCUGGGCAGUCUGACAGUGCCGGUGCCCCGGUCAAUGUUCAUUGGGGUCACAUUGCAGUGUUCUAUCUCGUACAGCAGAUGUUCCGCUGGGAGAGAUUCGUCUUCCGAUUCGACAAGGCUUUUGGUUCCUUGGCGGCGCUCAAGUCCAUAAGUGGCUCCGCCCCGCUUCUGAAGGAAUUCGAGCUGUCGUGCGCGUCGGCAGCUGUAUCACAAGCAUACUACGCGGCAGCGCCCGGCGCAGAAUGGGGGUGGCUUCCAUCUGCUCUGCCGACGGCGACAAUUGCGAAUCCGCUCCCGAAGCUGGAGGCACUUACGCUGCAGCACGCCCCGUUCAAGCCGACCUCGUCCAUCUUCCUGCAGCCGUCGACACAUCUGCAUACGAUCAACAUCCGAGCGCUCCCCACGUCCCACAUCCCACUGGACCGCAUCGUCGGCAUCAUCACCCCCAAUCGGGACACGCUCAAGUCCCUUAGACUGCACUUUACCUCGGUCUCGCACCCGGUCCUUCCCCUGCAAGCAAACACGACCAUUCCGCAUUUGGAAGAUCUGUACAUCGGCGGACAUCACCUGCUCUCUCAGCUCGCGGACACGCUCUCUGUUCCUGAGCUCAAGUCCCUCGAUUUCGACUUCGACUCGCCGCGGGAGCCGAUCGAAGAGACCAUCGUAUCCCUGUACACACGGUCCCAGAACCCCCCAAUCCGAACGAUGGUGAUAUCAUACCCGCCGUCUUCGACAGGGCCUGGUCCGCAGGGUUUCUAUCACAGCUAUGUGGCAGCGGGAUCUGUCGCGUCCUGGGGGUUCCUCAGUGAGUGUGCUGCGACGCUUGAAGUGCUCAAGGUCGGGGGCGCGUCGCUGGAGUCGCUGCUUGGUUCACUAGGCGCGCCGGACGACAACAGCGGCUUGACUCUGCCGCCUGGCGCUGUACUCAUCAACGGCAACGGCCAACAGAGCUGGCUGUGUCCUCAGCUUCGGGAGUUGUAUCUCCGGAGCUGCCAGUCACAUGGGCAUGGGCACGGGCAUGACGGUGUUGGGAAGCUUGUCAAGAUGGUGGAUGCGCGGAACCCCGAUGGUGGUGGCGUUUCUAAUUCUGGUGUCCAGCGCUUGACGCGGCUAGAGAUGGAUGACUGUGGGCCAGUGGGGAGUGACGUAGUGCAGUGGUUAGAGGGGCGUGUUCCUUCAGUCGUAUGCGUGGAGCCUACCGGUGCUGAGAGGACGUCUGUGCACACUCAUCUCUACGGGUACGGCGGAUAACAGAACUUUGCCCUCUAAUACUUUGAUGGUAGUGCCGCCCGACAGUAGUAGCCUGUUCUUUUUGGGUCUCCGAGAUAGUAUUUAUCUUGUAUCAUUCUUUUGUUCCACUGUAUUCCUUGCGAUACGAUACAUCCAUAAUACACUCCAAGGUUUGAUCGUGAUCAUGACCAGACCUAAACCUCUGUUCUCACCACCAUCGCCAUAAUGAGCAUCCUGCGCUCUUUCGUCGCCACGGAUCUGUUCAAGUUCAACAACAUAAAUCUCGACUUUUUCACCCAGACGGUAGGCAGCACGCCAUCGUUCUUUGGACACGCGUCAACGGCCCCCUUCUUCCACAGUACAGCAACUCCUUCUAUCUCGGCUACCUCUCGCGAUGGCCGGAUCUCUGCAGUAUACAGACAGCACCCAGUGGAAGGCCUAUGGGCUACAGUGCGUGCUCUCAGCCCCCCAUCCACGUUGAUCCCCACACUCAUCUCGGAAAAACACUCUUGUCCUUCAUUCUGCUUCUUCGUCUUCUUCUCUAUCCUUCCAUCCAUCGAUCACACGCCCGUCAGUCCUCGGAAAAGCAGAAGGCCACAGCACAGAAUGGCACGGGCACAUCACGGUGCUCACGGUCGCGCCGGAAUACCGCCGGCUCGGGCUCGCGAGUAAGCUUAUCGCGCUGCUGGAGCAGGUGUCGAACGAUACAUACCGGGGCUACUUCGUCGACCUGUACGUCCGGUGCACGAACGACGUGGCGAUCCCGAUGUACGAGGGCCUGGGGUACAGCGUGUAUCGGCGCGUGCGGGAGUACUACGACAGCCUCGGCGGGAAUCGCGGCCGGGAUGAGGAGGAUGCGUUUGACAUGCGGAAACCGCUUGCCAGAGAUGUGGGACGCAGGUCAGUCCGGGCCAAUGGGAGGGAGACACUCGUUAGUCGGUAUGAGGUGUCUUGAGCGCGUGCAGGCGGUUUGGCUGCGAUUGCAAUGGAUGGCUUCUCCGUAUCCUUCUCUGGAAUCGGGUCUGCAUCCGCUGCUCACGAGGUCUGUCUCAUCUGUUUUAGUGUGAACCCUCGGCGGCCCUUGUCUCUACUUUCAUCACGCGAUAGCAUCCCUGCCUUCAUCUCGGUUCCUGAUAGCUCGCACCUCUGGUCUUGAGUCUACGUCGUCCUUCAUCCUGAGUGUCCAACUUGGCUUAUAUGCGUGAUCAAGAAAUCCGCCCAAAUGCCUCGCGCGGGUUUCGCGAUCCCCAUUUAGGAUUCCUGUUGUCGAUCUCGCUUUACAUUGGUGGGCUGCGUAGGCUAUUUUGUAACAAGUGCAAGACAAUCGGGCAACCUACUGCCCAUGAGCCGGCCUAUCGGCUGACGCACUAUUCGUUCAUACCUCUCCUCAUCGCCCAUCCUCUCGACCCUAGCGAAAGGAAGCGCGCAUUGUCUCCAUUCGUACACCACAAUGAGCGAUUUCGCUCAGGGUCGUUCGACCGACGCUUGUCAAUGUGCGUUCAAUGUCUGAAGCGCGUGCUGACAGUGGUCAUACAUCCUCUGGAUCCUAGACCCUGGAUUCUCGUUCCACAUUCCAGCCUUAAUUUGCAGCCUUGCCAAUCUGUCGGAAUUUGACCAGUGCUCAAGUUCUAGACCCACAGGAUCAGUGACGCGUAAGCUUUCACAUGCCUUUUAAAAGAUUCGGCUGUGACUGCCCAUGAAAGAUGAACAUGACGGCUCAUAUAUAAACUGGACGGCUAUAGAUUAUAUUGCAUCCUUCACCCGAAAUGAAGAGUUGGAUGAGAGACCAACCUCCUCCAUCCUUAACGCAGCUCAAUCUGGGUCUUGCAUUUGGAAAAUUAAUGAGUCCAGAGAAUGAAUGAUUGCACUCCAAGUUCAGCGAUUGGGAAAUGUUCAAAGGUGUAGAUAUACUAUCGCGAGAUGACUGGACAUUCACGGAACGACGCUCCGGGUCACUUGGUGCCAAGAGAUUCGUGACCGACAAGCAGUGCGGGAUGGAGGCAUAUCUCAUGGGUUCCAGCGUCUGCGUGAUUCCUCAGUGGUUGUUGAGCAGCUCCAAACUCAAACACGGCAUCUUGUCUACACAUUGAGACCAGAAGCCAAAGGAGAACAACUCUCGAGCGAACCAAUGAAUAUUGCAAGAGCUCGAUGAAGAGCGUUACUGUUCAUUAGCACGGCCCAUCUACGAACGUGUGUAUGGAAUAGCCAUUCCGAGGGACUGUGCUACCAGAUCAAACAUGCCCAAAAAGACUAUCAUGAAUUUGGG